GUCUCUGCUCGUUCUCUCGUCUAUUCUUUGAGCGAUCAUAUAGCCCUAUGCUGCUAUAAACAGCUGUUGAUCCUUACUCUUUAACUCGUGCUGCUUGUAGCAGCUCAUUUCUUGCCAGACAUGGCAUACCAAUUCUUCGCAAAGGCGCAUCAAUCCAAAGCGCCUACCUCUCCACCUUUGUCUGCCCCUCAGGCUUCAGUGUCGACAUUUUCUUCCUCCAAACCCGCGCAAGCUCGACCGCCGGUAUACCCAGCAGCCCGUCUAUCUUCGUCCUCUUCAUCGAAUCCAUUUUCACUCAACUUGCCCUCCAGAGUGCAGGCCCCUUCUUCCACAGACACGCCCUUCGAGCCGACCGCGUACACCCAGCGCAUAGCAUCAGGCCACCCCACUCCGCACCCGCACGUCACGGUCGAAGUCGUGAGUACGGCUCACAUACCCUCCCUGACUCGGAUCACGGGGUUGCUGCUGCCCAUUCGCUACCCGAACUCAUUUUACACAGCCACGGUCACUGACCCCGUGAUCGCGUCGCUGUCCCGCGUGGCCAUUUACCAUGACCACCCGGUGGCCGCAGCGCCCGCAUCGACCGCACCUUCUUCGUCGACCAAUCUCAAGGCACCAACAACUGGUACCGAUAAAGUCAUCGGGGGGAUUCGCUGUCGGCUGGAGCGACUGCCUUCCACUGCCGCAGAAUUUCUGCAGGCACGUCACCACUCCCAGCAGCAAGAACCGACCAACCUCUACAUCCAGACACUUCACCUUCUUUCUCCGUAUCGAGGGUGUGGAGUUGCAGCCUCACUGCUCAACUCGCUACUAUAUACUUCCUCGCUUCCCUCUGCGUCCUCGAAUCUAGAAGCUCCACCUCAAGUCUCCGACCUGGUGAGACAUUACAACAUUCGCACUGUCACGGCACACGUGCACGAAGCCAAUGAAGACGGUCUGAAAUGGUACCUUGCGCGUGGCUUCCAAUUAGAGGACGGCGUUGUUGAAAAUUACUACCGCCGCCUGAGACCCUCUGGGGCCAGAAUCGUCAAACUCAUCCUGCAGUGGAACGAUGACGAGCACGUGCAUGUGGAAACCCAGGUUCGGAACAGUCUACCAUCUAUUAAUCCGAAGCACAAGUCUGUCAAUGAAGACGACGAUGAAGACUGGGAGAAGGUCGAGGCAGAAGACGAACAGGAGGACCAUGGAGUGCAGCCAAUCUUGGAUUCGGAAUCCAAGCUUUCCGAAGCCGACGAUAGCCUCAAUAGGAAGCGCAAAGCUGAAGAGGAUCACGCAAAACGUUAGUCUGCUAUCGCCUCAGUUUUUUAUCAUCGUGAUGUCAAAGUCCCGUCACGCGUUGCAUCGUUUGGGCAUGUUGUUUUGAAUUACCAUGGAUACCCUGUUUGCUACCUACAUCAUACACUUUAUAGAACACACAUCUUCUACCUGUGCUGUACUUGUUAGAAUUUCGCAAUCAUCUUUCAUUCAUAUAUUGGAGUACUUCACUACGAGCAUUUAUAUUACCUGAAGUGAUUUGUUUUAGAAGAAUAAUUUGAAAUAG